AUGCUGUUCAAACGCAGGCCAGAAGGUCUGAAAAAGGUGGAGAAUCACCGGCCUCCACCUCCUGAGACUUUGAAGUAUACAGAACGGGAGGGGCAUUUUGCUGAGCUUCUGCCUGGUCAAUGUCUCAAAAGGAACACAGGUGAUCCUCUCCCCUUUUGCGACCAGCUGGUCCUAGGUGAGAAGUAUGAGCUGCUCUGGCCAGGCGCUGAAUAUGCGCUGUGGGACUGGGGCACUCUCCGUGAGCAUGUCGGCCCACAAAAUUGGCCUGGGCACGGGAGUACCCCGUGCUAUCAUUCCUGGGGGAGCCUGCUCCUCUAUAACUGUUAUACAGGAGGCGAAAAUCUUCCAACGGGAUCCUGCUCCGUCACCUAUUACCCUGGAACACCUUAUCCUAGUGUGUAUCUGGAAGGCCCGUCUGAGAUGAUUUUGGGGGAAUAG